GAACGACUUAUCAAUUACUUGCUUCUAAAAAUAGAUUUAGCCAUGGAAAUUCCCAAACUGAAACUUAGAAAAUAAGAAAUUUUCUGUGCUUUUUUGACAUAGUCUAGUUAUUCUUGAUAACCAAUGUAGUGUAUAUUUACAUAUGUAUAGAAGAGGAAAAGACGUUUAUGUGUUGAACUGCUUGGAUUAUCAAUGAUUUUUCAUUGAAAAAAGAAUUUCUUUAUACACUUUGUAUGAAUGAAAUAAUGAAUGACAUAGAGACAGAUCGCCCUGAUUUAAUCCCGGAGGAGGAUGCUGUCCCACAAAAGGGUUUUGAUUAUGGGAAAUUUUUAGUCACAGUGGACAAUGGGUUAGAUUCCAAUGAUGUAGAAAACCUCAAAUUUCUUCUAAGAGGAAUUGUUACUGACUCCAAGUUACAGAAGGCCCAAAGAGGCCUUGAUCUGUUCAGUGAACUUCAGAAUUUAGGGAUGAUAGACAUUGAAAAUGGGGACCUUGAAUUGUUGGAGGAGUGUUUGUACAGAAUUCAUAGGAAAGACUUGCUAAAAAAAAUAGCACGGGACACUGCAAUGGUGGAACAGAGAUUGAGAAGAUUGACAGAAGAGUUGCAGAAUAAAAAAGUCACACACAUAGAAUCGACCAAAAUGUUGUCACCCUUUAGAGUGCUGCUGUUUGAAAUUGGAGAAGACAUUGAUGAUGAAGAGUUUGGCUCUGUGCUGUUUGCUUUGACAUCUCUUGUUCCUAAGGGACAGCUUUCCAAAAUGAAGUCCAUUUUUGAUUUGUUUUUGUUUUUGGAGAAGAAAGAUGAAAUGUCCCAUGUGAAAGUUGAUGUUUUAUUAAAAGUGCUUAAAGUAGUUGACAGAGCUGAUCUGAUUCCAAAAGUCAACAAAUACCUAUCCAAUCAAAAUAGAAGAAGCAGUCCAACCCAGUACAAUGGCCCCUCUCAAAUGGAAGUGGAACCACCUCAGGUACCACAGGAACCACUCAAUCAUCCUCCACCACAACUGCCACCGGUAAUACCAGGCAGCUCAGCAAUGUCGAAUUCUCCUUUAUCUGAUGGGUUGUUGAUCAACUUAUCGGAUGCUAUAUCCAAGAGCCCAGACUGGAAGGACAUUCCUCCAUACCUUGGUUUGGAAGACAGAGCCAUUUUGGAGACUGUAAAUGAUGAUCAGAUCAUGCCUUCACUGAGGAUCUUUAAAAUGUUGCAACACUGGCAAAGAGACAUAAUGCAAAAUGAUGAGACGUGCCGGGUGACUCUGAUAGGGGUGCUACAGAAGUUCAGAGUUACACGAGGACUGCAGAUAUUGGGUCAGACUGUGGAGGGUGAUGAACACAUUCCGGAUCCAAAUCCUACAGACUUGCAAUCGCUGUAUCAGCCACCCCCAGGACAAAUCCCCCAGUCAUUGAGGCACCCUGCACCUGAGCCUCUUCCUGAUAUCCAAUCUCUGAGACCGAACAUGUCUGAGAUGGAAACACAAACUUCCAUCAUGAUUCUUCCCCAUGGUAACCUGCCAAUCAGAGAGCAAACUGAGGAGAAUUUGUAUGUUUCUAAUGCUGAAGCUCGAGUACAGUUAGAACAGAGACAACCCCCACCAUCAGAAAACAACUAUAGUCAAUCAGAGAGAAGCAUUAGAGGUAAUGCAUUAGAUGAGAAUUUAGCCCAAGCGAUGAGGAGAACAAAUUUAGAUGACGAGAUGGAUCUGCCAUCAUACAGAAUGGACAGAAAGCCUAGGGGCAUUGCUGUUAUAAUCAACAACAUGAAGUUUUUCAAAGUUCCAAAUGACCCCGAAAGUAAAGAUAUGCCAAACCGGACAGGCACUGAUUUAGACGCAGAAAAACUAAUGUACAUCUUCCAAAAGCUGCACUUCCAUGUUCGACGUUAUGACAACUUGGAGGAUUAUGCCAUGAACAGAAGACUUGUUGAAGUGUCUUUUGAAGACCAUUCAGAGUAUGACUGUUUUGUCUGUUGUAUCCUGUCACAUGGUGUGCUGCAAAACAUUUAUGGCACAAAUGGCCGACUUGUGAGAAUAUCUGAGAUGACAGGGAUAUUUCGAUCAGGAAAGUGUCCAAGUUUGGCAGGAAAACCAAAGUUGUUCUUUAUUCAAGCUUGUCAAGGAAGGGAAAAACAAGGAGGUAUUGACAUCGAGAUGGACAGUGAUCUAGAACUAGACCAUGGCCGGAACAGCGAGAUGAUUCCUGAUGAGGCGGAUUUUGUAUUGGGGUGUGCUACGGUCCCUGGGUAUGUGUCAUACAGAAGUAGGUCACAGGGCAGCUGGUUUGUCAACAAGCUGGUGGAGAUGUUGGAUAAGUAUGCCUACAGGUAUGACCUUUUGAGCAUCUUGGUCAAGGUGAACGAAGAGGUUGGACGGGCCAACGCCCGCUUAGAGGGCGGAGUCUACAAACAGAUCCCUGCCCCUCUGGUGACCCUCAGAAAGAAACUCUUUUUCCGGUGAAUGGCACGCAGAAUUUGACAGUUGCACCAUAUUUGUUUGAAUUUAAAAAAGACUUGUUUGAAUUGCUGUUUCAGCGUAUUAAGUAUUGUUAAUGCAAGACACAAUGUUUGUCAUCUAAGAAUGCUGUACAUACAUUUAUUACAAAAUUGUUACACUUUAAAAAUCACGUUUAUUGAUCAUAUAAAAUAUACACUGCUCACUAUAUAUAAGUAUACACUCGUGCUUAAACAAAAUGAUUAUAUCUUUUGAUGCAAAAUACAUAACUCUUACAUAUAAAUAGAUGACAUUAGGCUUUUAACUUUUUAUAUCCUAAUUAUUAUUUUUUAUUGAAAUACUUGAUUUUCUGAAUUUUCAGUUCUCAAAAAAGAGAUAUGCAAAUUCUAACUUGAAACCGUUUCAAACAAAUUACUAAUACAUAUUAUUGUGUAUUUAGUGUGUACUUUUAUAAGAUCCUUUGAUUUUUCACCUUAAAUAAAUCAAUAUCUCAAUUUAACAGACUAUGCCAAAAAUAUUGAAUGUCCAUUAUUGUUUUACAUAUAUUGAAGUUGCACCUUUUAACUGAUGAUUUUACUGAGACAAAUUCAAAGUUAUACACAGUGAAUUCAGCUCUUUUUCAUUAUAUUGAAUAUAUUUCAUGCCAAAAUGUGUAAAAAGCUAAUGUGUAUACUUAUUUAUGAUGGGUAGUGUAAUGCAUGAAAUGUUGAAAAAUUGAUAAUAGGAAAUGUUAUGCAAUAAAACUUAAAACCUACAA